AAAUGAUGACACCCCAGAAAUCAGUCAUUCCAUCCCUUAGACGUCAGCAACUUUCCAUCAUCUAAUUGUCAAAAGCUAGGUUUUAGCUGAGAAUGGCGAUUUUGACGUCAACCUCGGUGGAAAAUGGCACGAACGUCACCACCACCAGCGUUCCGUGGCUCUAUGAUCUCACUGUCGACGACACCACUUUCGUCAUGACCUCGUCGUUCAUCAUCUUCACCAUGCAAACAGGCUUUGGCCUACUUGAGUCGGGUUGCGUGUCUCUGAAGAACGAGGUGAACAUUAUGAUGAAAAACGUGGUCGACGUAGUUUUCGGCGGCCUCACCUACUGGGCCUUCGGUUUCGGCCUCAGUUUUGGCCGCAGCAGCAUGAGUCUGCCCUUCAUCGGCACUGGCGACUUUUUGCUUGACCCCGGCGAAGACUCUGAACACAUGGGGCCAGUGUUCGCCGCGUUCCUCUUUCAACUCUCAUUCGCUACGACGGCCACUACCAUCGUCUCUGGCGCCAUGGCAGAAAGAUGCAAUUUCAAAGCGUACUGCUUGUUCUCAAUGCUGAACACGGUGGUUUACUGCAUACCUGCUGGAUGGGUAUGGGGUGAACAUGGAUUUUUAUUUAAACUCGGAGUGGUUGACAUCGCAGGGUCAGGUCCUGUCCAUCUUGUUGGCGGAACUUCAGCUCUCGUCGCCACAGUGAUGCUUGGUCCACGUCUGGGUCGCUACGACAACGGCCUUGACCCGAUGCCCCUUGGCAGCCCCACAAACGCCCUCAUGGGCUUGUUUAUGCUCUGGUGGGGAUGGCUUGCUUUUAAUUCAGGAAGCACAUUAGGCAUCAGUGGCCACAAAUGGAAAUACUCGGCCAGGGCGGCCGUGAUCACAAUGAACGCGUCGUUCGGCGGCGGCUUUGUUGGUCUAGUUCACUCGUACUUUCUGCGCAAAGGCACUUUUGACAUCAUGGACCUCAUCAAUGGCGUUCUCGGCUCGCUCGUGUCAGUAACAGCGGGCUGCUAUUUGUACCGUCCAUGGGAGGCGGUGUUUAUCGGCGCCGUCGGCGGCGCCAUUGCUUGUCUGAUGAUGCCGCUGUGGGAUCGACUGCGGAUUGAUGACCCCGUCGGGGCUACCUCGGUGCACGGUUGUGCCGGGUUGUGGGGCGUUCUGGCUGUGGGCAUUUUCGCUCUGGACCCAAAACUGUUGAAUACAACGAGAGGACGAUCGGGACUCUUACAUGGAGGUGGAUGGUAUUUACUGAGUGUCCAGGCACUGGCCGCUCUCUGCUAUAUUGCUUGGUCAGCCACAGUGACCUUCCUUCUUUUAUGGGUUGUGAACAAAAUCAUCCCUCUAAGGAUGAAACCGCACGACGAGCUCCUGGGCGCCGACCUGACCGAGCACCUGAUUCGCCACCAGGGUGUCGGUGUGUCCAGGGUGCUCUCGGCACUGAUCAACCAGCAGCACCAAGAGCACCAAAUCGUCAGUUUGCAAAAUAUCACAGUUGUUGGAACAAAUACCGAAGACCAGCCUGUAGAGCACAACAACACCUCUUGCCCUCCUGAAGACUCGCGCACGCCACACUGCUGCGGUUGCCUGAACGCAGGAUGCACAGCCGCAGAAACGCUUAGUUUGAGGUUCGAGUUGCGCCUCAAUGUAGCCAGGCCACGACAAAUAUCUGGAGAAACUUGUUGCAUCCCUGCAGGGUCGGAGCACAGGUCAAAGGGGCUGGAGGGUAGGCCCUGCAGGGGCCCUCGCUCUGAUACGCCCUCCUCCAGCCCCUGCCAAAGCAAUUCCCCGAGCGGCGGCCGACAAUUCGGCGGCGUGGCUCACGUUGCCCCCUGCACAAUCAUCCCUGUCGCCCUCUGCAGACCCGCUGCGGGGCACCUCGGCCAGAGCCAGGCGCCGGAUGCUGGGUGGCGCGGGAGCAGGACUCUUGUCCAUCUCGCGCAGGCAGAGCAGCAUUCUUCACUAGAACUGCAACCACUCAAGAGGAUUUUAUCUAAACCUGCGACGAGCGAGUCUGGUGUGUCAUGGUUUGGAAACCUCAUACAUUCGAAGAGCUACCCUCAAUUAUCCGUGUGAUUUUUCAUUCAUCCAAUGUGACAACGUGUAUACUCAA